UCUUGUUUAGAGUAAUACACUGCUAUAGUAUCCAAUAUUUACUCCAUUGGCAUUGCUCACCUGAGGUUGAUGAGAGAUGGCUCUCCUUGCUGAAGAGGUGGUUUCAUUGUCCAAGAGUGUCCAAGAAAUGUCUGUUGAUGGUGAUGAACCACCAUCCCAUUACAUAGUUAAAGAUUCCUUUAUUGGUUCUGCUGAUGACCCUUCUCCAUCACUUUGUCCAUUUCCAAUCCUUGAUAUUAGUCACUUUUCCUCGCCUUCAUCUUCCUUUCCUGAAACAGAAGUAGACAAGGAACUAGAGAAGCUCAAGUUAGCCCUCAGCUCCUCGGGUUGCUUCCAGGCAAUUGGUCAUGGGAUCUCAAGCUCAUUCCUUGACAAAGUGCGUGAUGUUACAAAGCAAUUUUUUGCACUCCCAGAGACAGAGAAGCAGAAAUACGCCCGAGCAGUUAAUGAAUCUGAAGGUUAUGGGAGUGACAGAAUAGUUUCAGACAAGCAAGUUCUUGAUUGGUCUCAUCGCUUAACUCUGAGGGUGUUCCCCGAAGACAAAAGAAGGUUCAAUCUUUGGCCAGAAAAUCCGUAUGAUUUCAGGGACAUCAUGGACGAGUAUGCCUUGAAGAUAAAGGUUGUGACUGACGCUGUAUUCAAGGCAAUGGCAAGGUCACUAAAUUUGGAAGAAAACAGCUUCUUGAACCAGUUUGGAGACCAAGCCUUAAUGCAAGCAAGGUUUAAUUUCUAUCCAAGCUGCUCAAGACCUGAUCUGGUUCUUGGUGUCAAACCUCAUACAGAUAGAUCAGGAAUCACAGUUCUCUUGCAAGACAGAGAAGUGGAAGGUCUUCAAGUUUUAGUAGAUGACAAAUGGGUCAAAGUUCCUGUAAUUCCUCAUGCCCUUGUUAUCAAUCUUGGAGAUCAAAUGCAGAUAAUGAGUAAUGGAAUAUUCAAGAGCCCAGUGCACAGGGUAGUGACAAACUUGGAGAAGUUAAGGAUAUCUGUCGCCUUGUUUAAUGAACCAGAACCAGAAAACGAGAUUAGAGCUGUGGAUGGCUUGGUGGAUGAGAACAGGCCAAGGUUAUAUAGAAAUGUGAAAAAUUAUGGUGCAAUCAACUAUGAAUGCUAUCAGAAAGGGAUGAUACCACUUGACACUGUAAGAAUUUAGUUCUUUUACCCCAACUGUUGAAUGUCCAAUUCACAACUCUGCUCCUUGUCCGAACUGAUGCAAAAUAAUUUGGACAAGCUUUUAGUGGCGAUCUUUGUCAUGUAGCUUCUAUUUUUGAUAUUGUCACAAAUCCUUAUUCAGACCUUUAUUUUCCCCGAAAUGUCCAAUAUGUGUGUAAUCAUAAUAGAAAAACGAUGACUUCAUUUUCCUACCA